UCCAGGCUCUGUUCAACCAUGUAUUUUGGAACCGUACACGCGUACGUUAAGUCGACGGAAAGCUGCUCAAAGUUUGCUAAACUUCUUGAAGAUGCAGGUUCUGAAAUUCUGCCCAAGUUCGGGGGCAGCAAGACGCUUUUCCUACCCAACAACUCAGCAUUCGAAAAGCUGACUGACCUAGAUUUGCAAGCGUUAGAAUUGUUUCCCAACAAGUUCGUUGGAUCCCUUCUUUACAAAGGUGAUUUGUGCACAGCAGGAAUGUUCCACAUUAAAGAUUUCAACACAAUCGACAGUACCUGGUCGGUAACUCUCAGCUCAGAGGACGAACUUAUCAUCGGUGAUGGAGCAAGGUUUCUGGAAUCAGACAUUCUGUGCAGUGACGGGGUGGUGCACGUGAUGGACACAGUCUUACUGGACACUGUUACCUGACACAGAGGGACUAAAGUGCAAAGAAACACAGUCACCUGAUACUGUCACGUGACACUCAGUCAGAUUCACUCAGACUCAGUCAGUCUUUCUUAGCAGAACUUGUACAUUAGGGUCGCUGUUUGAGUAAAAACUAAUUAGUUUGAGUUGUGGGAAUGUGGGUAAGCUAUUAUUUUGCAGGAACUUUUAGUUUACGUCAUAUACUCAAAUGUCAGCUCGCGGCUAGAGUCCCAUAUUACUUAGCGACCUUUUGAUAUUGUCAGUGAAGUCAGAAGGACUAUUGAAAACUAUUUACGAUUAAACUAUUUUGUGAGCGUGCAGUGAAAGUAGAGGCAAUAUUAUAGUCGUCAUAACACCAACAUUUGAAGGAUGUGAUUUUGAGUUUU